AUGGCUCUCAGAGUCCCAGCCCACGUUGAGAAUGUCAUGGCCUCCAACAAGAGCCAGGAGACAGAGCUGAGUGAUUUGUCCCUCGGAAAGAAAAAGAAGAAAAAGAAGAAGGAGAAGAAGGAGAAGAAGGAGAAGAAAGUGCCAGGUACCGAGGGCAGUUGGAGAGCAGUUGAAGUAGCAGGAAGAGGCCGUGGGCGAGAAGCAGGGAAAGAGGCGGAGAAGGCGGAGGAAGUAGGUAGACUUCACCAAACAAGCGUCAAGUCCGAUGAUCUUGUACCUUACCUAAGGGAAGGUAAGGUGUUGAAGGGUGAUGGAAGGUACCAUCAUGGGGAGGAAGGAAGUAAUACGGUAUCUGUAUCCGUACCUUACCAAGUAGAAUCUAAGCGGUUGCAAGAGAAAUAUAAUUCGGAAGCACGUUUCCUCGCCUCCGUCCUCCGUUUCCCACCUUACCUUACCUCACUUCCAAGUUCCAGGUCCAUCCAACCUAUUCGUUCCAGUCCCAGUCCCACCUCAGUCAGGUCCCAGUCCCCGGUUCCAUUCAACCUGAACCCAUCCCCGCUAAUACUCCUCCUACUCCUACUCCGUACCUUACCGCGAGUGCCUUACCUCACUCCAUUCUCACCUGGCCACUUGCGCUUACCUCUUCCUCCCAACUACUAG